GAAUACCAAAUUGACAUCAUUUUUGCACAGACGUGGAUUGACAGCCGUCUGCAAUACAACAGCACCAUGAAGAUCCUGACGCUCAACAGCAACAUGGUGGGAAUGAUCUGGGUCCCUGACACCAUCUUCAGAAACUCCAAGAACGCAGACUCUCAUUGGAUUACGAUGCCCAAUCAGCUUCUGCGUAUUUGGAACGAUGGGAAGAUAUUAUACACGCUGAGGUAAAAUAAAUGGCUUUUCUUUAUCUGAUAUCACAGACAUUGUUGUUUUGAACAGCCGAUUAUCGUUCCGUUUUAGUUCAGAGAUUACAGCGUAGCAAACAUUGGGUUUUCCUUUUCAAGGAAAGAAAAAUAGUCAAUAUAAAUGAAAAUAGUGUCAUUACUACCUGUCUUUGCACUGAAGAUUACAUCUAGAAUAUUCCAACUUCCUCAGAAUUCAGGUAGAGUUCAACACAGUGUAAGAAAGUGGCACAAACACAACUGACGUCUCUGCCACAUACUGAUGCUACACCAAUACACAAAAAUAAACAUCUGUCUACUCUACGAUAAGACAAAUGUUGUUUUGUCUCUUUUUUCACUGCUCUGCUAUGUGGGUUAGCACACUUGGUACAUUCACUUUACACUGUAGUAUACUGUCUUAGGGAGAUCAUGCUUUUUAGGGUAUAAAUGUCAUCCUUUCAGUCCUUUUUUGUAACGUUUUCAACCGUGGACUCACCUCCGCUGAGAAAAGAGAGACAUCACCCUGCUGUUUGCAUCACUGAGUGAGGCAUUCCCUUGGCAACAGGCAAAGCACAGGAGAAAGGAUAAGAAUGUGUGGGCAAGUUAAUUAUUGCCAGCACUGACCUGGCUGGCUCCACAAGGCGGAAUCAUACAAGAUCCGCCAUUAUCAGCCAUUCUCAGUGAGUUUAUCGGUUAGUAUUAUCUUUGAGCAUUAUCGUUUAGCAUUAUGCAGUAUAUGAGUAUUAUCACUGAACAUUAUUAUUGAGCAUUAUCACUGAGCAUUAUUAGUUAGCAUCAUAUACUGCCCAUAAUGUCUAUACACACCAUCAUAUACAUAUAUAGAUAUUUAUAUUCCGGACUCUGACAUUGCUCAUUCUAAUAUUUCUAUAUUUCUUAAUUCCUUUCUUUAGAGUUUUUUGAUUUGUGUGUAUUGUUUUGUAUUGUCAGGUAUUACUUCACUGUUGGAGCUAGGAACAUAAGCAUUUCGCUACACCCGUGAUAACAUCUGCUAAAUAUGUGUACACAACCAAUAAAAUGUGGUUCGAUUUAUUGGUGAUGACUAUUGUUGAGCAUUAUAAUUGAGCAUUAUCAGUGAACAAUAUCAGUUUGCAUUAUUAAUGAGCAUUUUCAGUAAGCAUUAUUCAUCAGCAUUAUCAUUGAGCAGAUCUAGAAAUAUUUGUGAGUGGCAUCCUGGUCUGAUUAAAACAAUGGAGUCAAUCUAAGCUCCCAUCUAAGCUCCCAUUAAUUCCUCUUCACUGUGAACUUCAGUCAAGCCAACGUAAACAAGAGUGACAUUUUAUCAGGGAGCGAGAGGAGGAGGAGGAGGAGGAGGAGGAGGAGGAGGAGGAGGAGGGAAGGAAAAGAGGAGACGAAUAGGGUGGAAUUCGGUCUGAUGACCUACAUAACUCCGGGACAAGAGCAUUUCUUCAUCCGUUCAUUUUUCUUAACUAGUCUGUCGGAGUUUGUUACUCAAGGAAAAUACCAAUUUACAGGGCUCACCAGACUCGGAGGUGACCAGCCGGCCGACCGAGAGACCCGCAAUCUCUAGCCCCCUGGCACUGGCAGUCAUGUCAGGGUAAUAGGUGGCCCAUUAGGUCUCUCACAGGCAUGCAACAAGGUUCCAGUUUGUUAACUCUGCAAUCGCUCAGUCUUUUCACGCACACACAAAAAAGGAAACAGCAAAGCAGCGAAAUGCAGCAUUAUUGCUAUCUGUCUCAUUCUCAGCAUGUGCAGUAUGUGAGAACAACAUCAAGAGCCAGCCUUCCCUUAUUUCACACCCUAUGCUGUCUUCAUCAAUAAAUGACACAUUCACAUCACCAGUGGUGUAUGUGGUUAGCGCGGCGGUGGUUGUUGUUGUAGCACUGUUCUCUCAGAGCAGAGCUGAACUCUAUGUGAGGAACGACGGCAAUGCUCACUCACGGCCUCUCUCUGACUCGUGCUGUAGGUUGACCAUCAAUGCAGAGUGCCAGCUGCAGCUCCACAACUUCCCUAUGGAUGAGCACUCCUGUCCCUUGGUCUUCUCUAGCUGUGAGUAUUGUACAGCCAGGCAAUAA